GGGAGGAGCGGAGGGAGGAGCUUUCGGCAGCGCACUUCCGCUUCCGGUUCUUAGCGUCAGCGCUGGUCGGGGCUCUGCCUUCGAGCGAGCUUGGUGUGGCGUCUGCUGGUGCCAGGAGAUUCAAGCUCCAGCCAGGAUGAUCGAGGUUGUUUGCAACGACCGUCUGGGGAAGAAGGUCCGCGUUAAAUGCAAUACUGAUGACACCAUCGGGGACCUUAAGAAGCUGAUUGCAGCCCAAACUGGCACCCGUUGGAACAAGAUUGUAUUGAAGAAGUGGUACACGAUUUUUAAGGACCACGUAUCUCUGGGGGACUAUGAAAUCCACGAUGGGAUGAACCUGGAGCUUUAUUACCAAUAGGGCAGAAUUCCUUCUCCCUGUCCUUCCCUCUUCCCCCACCCUCGCCCCCCACACUAAUAUGGAUGCUUGUGUUUGAAAACUCAUGUUAAUAAAAACUUAGAGGCUGCUUCA